AUGAUGAACGAACUCCCAACCGAAAUCUAUCUCCACAUCUCAGGCUGGCUCACGCUCCGAGAAUUGGCGAGGCUGAACCAAUGCAACAGGAGCAUCAACAACAGAUGGGAAUCCUAUCUACUAUCCAUACCCGUGGCUAGGGACCAAUUGAUGUACUGGGGCUGCUGCCGAGGGCAAACAUGGGCCAUCCAGAAAGCCAUCUCAUACGGCGCUGACGUGAGCGCCGUUGGCGUCUGGUCGAAUUUCGAAAUCGCAGAAAAUCCGGUCUAUUCGACUUGUCUGAACCUGCCGGACACAAAAUCUACACUUGUGCUUGCCGCGCAGCAAGAUGACUUGGUCGCCUAUGAGUUUCUGCUACGUGCUGGCGCAAGAAUCGACCCAGCCGAUAACAGAGGCAAGCGGUGGGAAUUAUUGGCCGGUUGUCUGUUCAACUUCCAGCGGCCGGAACCGCUGCGCCUAUAUUUGAAAUUUGGAUCGAAACGAGACAUUCCGUAUUUCCAGAAUGAGCUCGACAGAACCCUCCGCAAGUCAGUGUUCAACCGUGUCGGCGAGGAUGCCUGCAGAGCAUGGUUGGAUCUGGGAGCGAACCCCCUCGCCGUCGGUGGAGGCCACGGUUCAGAGGGAAGCGGAUCUGCUCUCGCAAUGGCCAUGGUAACAGGGCCAGUUCCUCUGGCACGGUUAAUGAGAACUCGGGCGUCGGCUGAUCUUUCGCUCGCUCAUCUUUAUUCGUUUGUUCAUUCGGGGUUUUGCGUUCCCUCGUAUCAUGAAUCGGUGGCGUGCAUAUCCGUCCUUGCUGCCGCGCAUAAUCUGGCCGAUUCUGGGCUACCUGAAAUGAUUGAUUUGUCUUUGGAGGCGCACGAGAACAUCAACAUGACAGUUGUAUCGCAACUUGAUCUGCCUGGGCCGAGACAGUGGUACAUGAUGAACGCUGUGAUGGCCUAUGUGCUCCGAGUGGACUGUGAUAGGGAUCAGAAAGCCGGAAUCCUGUCUCCUUCAGAGGGUCUGCAGUAUUUAUUUCACAAAGGGGCUCUUGCUAUACACACCCACGCCGGCCACCUUGGUGGGUAUCCUACCCACUCGUUACUUUGGCUAUUCUGGCAUAAAUGGGAUCGCCUGGAAGGUCUGCUGAACAACGAGGUCCAUGCCAUACUACGCAUCCUCGCGCGCAAGAAGGCAGCCUGGGGACUCUUACUGGGUUUCCUGUCUUCAAUUAGAACUGGGCGUAACAACACUCGGCUCAUCAAGAACACAGAGCAACACAAUAUCAUCACCAGUCGUUGGAGCAGCCUCCUGGACCUAGUGCUCAUAGAAAGGAAUUGUUUUCUUGUAUUGAAAGACGAGAUGAAUAAUCUACUCUUUCGGCUUUUAUUGUACACCAUGGAACAGAUUGUCAAACUCGAUCUUGCGCUGAGCGACAUCACCCCGGGAACUGUUUCGCCGGAUACUGAUUGCUCAACUGCCGAGUGCGAGGUGAUAACUAUUCAAAAACUCAUUAACAAGGGCGCCGACAUCAAAUGGACGCCAACGUGGGGUGAGUACAAGGGCCAUUCUAUACUGGACUGGAUAGCUCGUUGGUACAUUCGCCACGAAAGCCUCCAUAUGCCCACGGUACAAUAUAACCAGCAACGCUCGUUCGUGAAUACUCUGGUUAGGCUCGGCGCAGAGCGGCCUGAUGAUCUUUUGUCGGGACUUCUCUCAGAACCAGACAUCGCCUACGAGAGAUGGGCCCGGUUCGUUUUUGGCGAGGUUCCAGAGGAAGAGGUUCUCCUGUGGAACUCAAGAGCUGCCCCUUUACUCGGAUGUAAUUCCAAUGGCUAA